AUACAUAUGUAUAUACUAUACAGACAUUUUGUGUACAUUUUGUUUUCCCAAAUUUUCGUAAAUUUUUUUAAAUUUUGAUGAGUGAUUUUUAUCGAACUAUGUGUUAUACAUACAUCCCUUAGGACACUGCCUCAUACACUCAAAAAAUGUGUGAAUGUGAGACAUGUAUAGAGUUUUCAAAGCUACUGAAACCAUAUAGAGAUGCAAGUGCAAAGAACGACUUUAGUUGUGUAAUUCUAUCCAAGUCUGAAGUGAAUCAAUUGGUUGUUUUUGUUCAGGCUUUUAUGCAAAGACAAUGUCUUGGUGGAUUUCAAGAUAGAAAAAACUAUGAACAGUUUCAGUGGAUUACACAAUGUUUUGUUUUGUUAAUGACUAAUUUGUUAAAAUCUUAUAAAGGACAAGAUAAUAUUAUCUAUCCUGCUCGUGACGAUGAUGAUGCUGAGAGUAGCCGUAAAUGGGAAAAUUUACUAGCAAAUUUCAAAGACGAAGAGUUGCAAUGGACAUUAGCAGAAAUGGAAAAACCGUUACAUCUCAUGACAAAAGUAUUUUUGAUGAAUUUUCCAUUAUAUGUGGCUGUAAAACAAUACCCACAUUACAAGACAGAAGAAGUAACUCAACAAGAAGUUUCAGCAAUGAAUCAUUAUUGCGAUGUUCAAGAAAUCGAUAUGCCAUUAUUACUUCUAAGAACUGUCAAUAUGUUUUGCCGGGUUGGUGGUUUGGAAGCAAUUAUGUCUUGUUUUGAUUAUGAAUCAUUGCCAUUAACUAUUGCGAAUCCAAUUGUUAUACUUGCUUGUAAUGUAAAACUGUGGCUAAAUUAUCACACAAAUGUUCAUGUAUUUGUUCCACUGAGGUCAAAAGUUUUAAGAUUUAUGUGUAACUUAUCUGAUAAAGAAUUGAGAACUCCUGCAGCUAAAACUAUGGCUGAUUUUAUGUGGAGUUCAAACAAGGAUGGUCAUACUUCUAAUUUAGAUAAAGAUGGUCUUGAAUUGGCUUUCAAGUAUUUUACAUCCCCAACAUUAACAAUGAGGCUAGCAGGAAUAUCUCAAAUUAAUAGCCAUAUAGGAUCUUUAAAUGAACUUGUUCAUGUAACGGCAGCAACAUUAUCAACAUCAUCACAAUCCAAUGAUAUGGUUACUAUCGAACAAAUUGGACAUAAUUUAGCAACUUGGCUUGUACAUCGUAAAAUUAUAUCCCAUGUGUUUGGCCCAAAUUUACAUGUUGAAGUAAUUAAACAGUGUAGUAUUACACUUAAUUUUUUAGCAUCAGAAGGUAAGAUUACUAAUGAACAUAUUGAUACUAUUUGGCAAGCAGCACAGUUAAAACAUUGUAGCAAACAAGUUUUUGAUUUAUUACCUGGUUUUAUCAAACACUUAGAGCCCGCUCCUGUUUUACAUUUAUAUCAUUUACUAAGAAAACUAGAACCAAAAGAGCACACUGAACAAAGCUUAUUUUUAGCAUCAGCUCUUACCAAAUUUAUUUGGUCAAGUAUGGCAACUACUGCACGAACUCAUGAAUUCUCUAUUCCAAAAAUGUCAAGGAUUAUAAGUAUACGUGAUGGCCGUAGAAUAACUCGUUCAAAUGAUAUGAGUACAUCAGAAAAUAGUGCUAGCCUCAAUAGCAAUUCCGAGGGUGAAUCUAGUGAUGAACGAAGUGAUAUGAGUGAUGGUCCGACUCCUAGAAAAAAACCUAAAAAAGAAAACAUUUUUACUUACUCUGAUAAUGAAUCAUUAGUUCUAGAAGGAGCAAAAAUUGAAGAAUUAGAUGAAGAUUUUGAUAUUAAUGAAAAAGAUAUUAUUAGACCAUCUAAACCAUUAGGUAUGUGCAAAAUAAGGCAUUGUGUUAGAAAGAAAGCAAUGAGAGAUACGAGAAUGAGAGUGAUGAAACCAUGUAACUCUAGUGAUGAAGAUUCAGAUAAAGUUCAAAUAAAUCAUUGUAAGCUAGUAAAGGGAACCAAACUUCAAAAACCAAGAGGAAAAAUCAAUAACCACAAAAAAAUACGAAAUCUUAAAAUGAGGUGCAUUAGAACUGAUUGUACCGAAGAUGAUUCUGAAUCUGAUGGUGAUGAAGAUGAUGACGAGGAAGAUGAGGAUGAGGAUGAGGAUAUUGAAGAUGAAGAUAGUGAAUCAAUGGAAGCAAUGGAAAUUGGUAUAUCACCCAUUGAUACUACUUCAGAUCAGCAGGUACCAUCUACACUCAUUAAUAGACAAAUGCUAGAAGACUAUAGUGGAGAUGAGAAUAGUAUGUCAUCUCGUAUGUCAAAUAAAUCUGACAAAAAUAUGGCUGAUUUUGAUGGAGAAGAUUCAGGCUGUGAUGAGGAAUUGUUGCAACUUGCAGCACGUGCUCAGACUCAUUUAUCAACACAACAGUUAAACCAUAUGGCAUUCCAUUCUAAUUUCCAUACCAGUAAAAAUGUGCAUCCUUGUACUCAAAAUAUAACUACAACAAUAUCUAACCAGUUCAAUAUAGAAAAUGUUUGUAAACCUGGUUCGACAUUAUUGUGGGAUUUACUUCAGGAUGAUAAUAUUACGCUCCUCGGUGAAUCAUUAGCUUUAGAAGCAGAAAAAGCAUUGUUUAAUUUGGUGUGCUUUAAUACUGAUCGUGCUAUCAGAAUGAAAUUCAUUGAAGGCUGUUUAGAGAAUAUACAAAAAAAUAAAUCUGUAGUUAUUUCAUUAAGAUUAUUACCUAAGUUAUUUGCAUCAUUUCAUCAAUUCCGAGGAGCUUCAUUGGCUAAUCUUAAUGUUGGAAUGGAUACUCGUCAGGUGACUCUUUGGGCUGUUAAACACCACAGUAUGAUUGAUAGAGUAUUUAACAAUUUUCGAGAGUACUGUAAACAACAUGCCGAUAACUUGUUUGAAGAUUCAGGAUUUUACUCUCACCAAAUCCAUAUAGAAGCUAGGUUACAAUUUUUGACUCAUAUUUACUCUUCAAUUGGACUUCCAGAUACUAUUAAGUUAACCAUUGAUGAACUGGAUACAUUAUGGAAUUGUUUGGUAUCUGAUGAAGUUUGUCGGGAUGAAUUAUUUAAUUGGUUAUUACGACAAGUCCGUUGUCGUGAACAACAUACAUUUAAUGUUGAAACAUUGACACAUUUAUACUGUGAAAAAUUGUUAUCAUUAGCUCCAGAAAGUUAUACUAUGACUGCUCUUAGUUUAUUUACACAGCUAUGUAAUAUGGCCCAACAACAAGUAUCUAGUGAUUAUUUGUUGCUAGCAAGAAAUGGCCAUGCAGCUGCUAUGGAACACUUAUCAAGAAUUGCAUUAAAAGCAUUAAAUAAUGAUGUAAGCAUUGCUGCUAUACAAUAUAUAAACAACUAUUAUAUGAUGAAUCUACAACUUGAUAAAGAAGAUAAGUUUAUUAGUGAGUGUGUAUCAAAUUUGUCUGUAGCUGCAGAUACUUUGAAUGAUAAAGAAGAAUCCAGUCUUCUUUACAUACAACGAGCUCUGUUACUAUUAAAAACUCACUUAGAAACAUUUAAGAGAAAGUAUGCUUAUCAUUUAAGAAAAUGGACUUUAGAAGGGCAUGGUAUUAUGAGUCAUGUAAUUCAAAAUGAUAAAAAUGCAGCAACAAUUAGAUUAAAUAUCAAUCCUGCCAUGUUAGAUGAAAAGUUAACUCUUGAUAUGCCUAGUACAGAUUAUAUAGCUGAUAUGAGAGCUGAAAUAGCUCAUUGGUGGGAAAGUCAAAAUGAUAAUUUAACUAUUCAAAAAUUACCUACAGAUGGUAAUAUACGCAUGAUUGCAUUAGGCCAAGAAAUAACAUCAGAUUUUGAUGAAAAAACUAUUCAAGAAACUGGAUUAAAAGAUAACCAAAUUAUAUACUUAUCAUUAAGUACUACUCGUAAGAAGAAACUUGGGGACCAAGAUUUACCAGGGUCUGUACAAUUUGUACCAACCAAAGAGAGUUCUCCAACAUUAUUGCUUUUACGACCUAAAAACUUUGAAGUACUGUUUGGUCUUAUGCAUACUCUUGGAUCAAUGAAAACAGUUGACGAAGAAGAAAAUGAAUUACUACACGGAAGAGCUCAAGUAUUAUCAAGAAGUGUUUGGGAUAUUUUGACUAUACUUCCAACUAGUCCCUCAAUGUUAGAAUGUUUUAAACACUUUCCAACACAUGAAUCAAAAGACAAAUGUCAAGUUUGGUUAAAGAAAGAUUUAGAUCCAUCAAAUUUACAAAAAUUAAUGUAUUCAUUAUACAUAGUCGAAUCAUUAGUUCAGGUGGGAGUUGAAAAAAAUUCAGAUGAAGAUGAAGUAUUGACAGAGGUAUCAACAAAUGGAUUAUCUAGUUCAUGGGGAGAAUAUUUCAUUGAAAAGGGAGGUUUAGAACAUCUCUUUACUAUUUUGUUGUCUGGUACGCUUCAGGGUAACAGUGAAUGGCAUCAAGAUUGCUUGGCUCAUUUACUUAAAUUACUGUGUCAACUUGGUGUGUCACCAAAUGAUAGACGACAAUUAGAUCAAUUUGAAGGACUAGGGUUUGAUCCUUAUUUUCGACCAAGAAAAUCACACAUUAAAAAGCAAGCUAAUCUGGUUGUGCCAAAACUUAACAAAGAAAUGUUAAAACUUAUGAAGAUAGAUUUGGUUAUACCUAGAUUGAUGAGUAUUUUAAAUGAGUUAUCUUAUCCUGGACACCCAAAAGAUAUAAAAACCGGUUUUUGGGGCCGAGCUCAAGUUAUUCAUUUCUUAAUGACUUUGGUUUUGUCAUGGUCUCACAGUGUAAAUGGUAUUUGCGAAGCACUUUUAGAAUCUAACCAGUUCUCCAUGUGGCUUUGCAAUCUUGUUCUUGAAGAUCCAGAUCCAUUAGUUAGACAUGAAAUAUGUGUUGCAUUAUAUCGACUUUGUGCUGUACCCCCUGCAAAUCGUACCGCUGCUACAUUACUAUUAUCUCAGUUAAUCAAGUUCCUAGAUAAGGCUGAAUGCAUGCAACCACAAAAUAUAAGACAUGAAAAUUCAAUGAGAAUAACUGAUGAAGAUAAACUUAAUUAUGGACCAGCUUGCCGAGAUUAUUUUUGGCUUAUGUGUCGACUUGUUAAUUGCUUACCAAAUGACAUCAUUCAAGAAAGUAUUAAAUUUCCACCAAAAUGUAUUAUUGAUAUUGAAGCAUUGGCUAUACGUGUUUGGGAAUCAAUUGCAUCUAGAGAUUUUAUUGAGACACAUUAUAGUGGCCUUCAAGAUGAUGGUUUGAUUGGGCUCUUAAAUUUAAUGUCAAAUAUACUAGGGCAUAAACCCCCUUUUAAAUUCAGUAAACGGAGUCAUAACGUUUUGGACACGGUUUUUGAGUUUUUGUUUGCUUUACCCGAUCCUCAGAAUCGACAGUUACCCAAAUGUAAAUCUGAAAGUGCUCGAUCUUCAGCUUAUGAUUUAUUAGUUGAAUUAGUAAAAGAAACUCCUCAAAACUAUGAAUAUUUAUACAAAAAAUUAUUAGAGCAACACAGUAAUGAUUUAAAUCGGCUUCCAUAUUUAUGGGAUUAUUGGCCUCAUGAUGAUGGUCGAUCUAAUUGUGGGUACGUUGGCUUAACGAAUCUUGGUGCCACUUGUUAUAUGGCCUCCUGUAUGCAGCAUUUAUUUAUGAUGCCACAAGCAAGACGGUCCAUACUUGAAGCAAAAUGUGAUGAGUCUAAUAAACAUGCAUCCAUACUGGUUGAGCUUAAGCGAAUGUUCGCUUAUUUAUUGGAAAGUGAAAGAAAAACUUACAAUCCUCGUAGCUUCUGCAAAGUUUAUACAAUGGAUCAACAACUUUUGAAUACUGGUGAGCAGAAAGAUAUGGCUGAAUUUUUUAUUGACCUUGUAUCUAAGCUUGAAGAAAUGACACCGGAAUUAAAAACACUUGUUAAGACUCUAUUUGGAGGUGUAAUUAGCAACAAUGUUGUUUCAUUGGUUAGUAUGAUUAUGAUACAUUUUUAUAUUAUUGAGAAUAAAUUAACAAAAGUUACAUAGUAUCAAAUAAGAUUUUAGUGAAGUUACUUAAUAGGCUUAUCAAUUUUGGACGUAUUUAGAAAAAUUGAUAUUUUUCUCCACCUUAGAUUAUAAAAUAUACUAAUUUUUGCACUGAAUUAUAACGUUAUGGCGGUCGGCGGACCGGUUGUUCGAACGCCGCGCGACGCUCGCCAUAACGUGCCGUUUAACCAAAUGUCUCUUUUAAGAUUUUUAAUAUU